AUGUAUUCCAUGCAGGAGAGAAAGCAUGCAAGGCAAUUCACAGAGUUACCAACAGAAGUGUCUGAAGUGCUGAAAGCUGAGGCUAAGUUGGCUCUAGCAGAGGGCACUGUGGAAGGAGACAAACGAUUUAAUAUUCUUGUGAAGCAUUUACGAUCGACGAAAACGCCCGAGGGGUUGCAACCGUUGUUGCCGAUAAAACAACCGUGGAUGAUCGAAUUAACACCGCAAAUGCAGCAGAAUAUUACAGCAGCAUAUCAAAAAGUCCGGUCGAGAAUAGACCGCGGGGAAGCGGCUGAUGACGUCAUACAAACCCCUGAAGAGGCUGAGAGAGAAUCACAGCUUGUGGAUGCUGCCUACAUGUGGUUGAUGAACAAAGACAAACCAACUAGAGUGCAGCAGCAGCUGGCCGAAUCUGAGGAAAGAAGACUGUCGCCUAGUGUUGAGCCGGUCGAGAGAGCCCCGGCCCUCCCUGGAGCUGGACGCCCUUACUACAGUUGGGAGACUCUUGAUAAAGCCAAGGAGAAGGAAGGAGGAGACAAGGAUGACGCCAGCACAGAUCUCACUGUUACUAAUAAAGAUGCAAUAGAACAGUUGAACGAGGAAGGUCCAGUAUUCGAGAUAAGCUUAACGGCUCGCAGCAGCUCUGGUGAGGAUGAUGGUGAUGCAGAAGAUGUUGCUCAGCGUGAACUUGUACGCUCUCGGAGUCAAGACUGGCGAACUUCAACUUUGCCGUCUCCCGACGUCGUUGUCAUUAGUUUUCCACCCAAGUCAAAAAAGAGCGAGAAGGAAGGGAGUUUGCCGAAGCUCUUUCGACGGUGGCUGAGAGCAUCUGCCGUGAAACGAAUCGUUGGAGUAUUUACUGAUCCUAAAGGCUUAUCGAAGGACGUCGGGCAUUUGAAACAACUUGGAUAUUCACCAGAUGACAUCAGAGUGAUUGACGCUCAGCCAGGCACGAUGGAGGUUGUUGUCAUCGUUGAGUUGAACUUAAAAAGCGUCCGAUCACACGACAGGGCAGCUGCUGUUGAUAAUAUCAAUGUGAUUGGAGAAGCUACAGGGGCGCCCGAUAAACUGCCCGGUUGA